AUGGCCACUCAACAGAAAGCGCAAAUCCUGAGGGUGGGCGUCAUCGGCUGCGGCGAGAUCACCCAGGUCAACCACAUCUCCAACCUAAACUUUCUCUAUGAGCGCUACCAGACGACAUAUCUCUGCGAUAUUUCCCAGCAAUCCCUUGCGCACUGUGCCAGGAAGGUUCAAGGAGGGACGCCGAAAACGACGACUGAUGCAGCGGAAUUGUGCUCCUCGCCCGACGUCGACGUUGUGCUGAUCGCUAAUGCAGAUGCAUACCACGUCGACCACGGCAUCCUAGCCCUCAAGAACGACAAAUAUGUCCUCAUUGAGAAGCCCGUGUCAGUCUGCUUCCGCGAUAUUGAUCUACUCAUCGAGGCAGAGAAAAGUUCAAAGGGCAAGGUCAUGGUCGGUACCAUGCGUCGGUUUGCGACAGCCUUCACAGAUGCUGUAAAGGAAGUUGGCGGCAUGGAUAAGAUUCAGUACGCCAGAGUCCGAGACAUUAUUGGGCCCAACUCGACCUUCGUCGACCAGUCCGCUACAUUCCCAGUGAAGUUUAGCGACUACAGUGAUACAGACACUAGAGACCGACUGAAGCGUGAGGAAGAUAUCUGUGAGCAAGCACUUAAAAAGGAGUUUGGAGUGUCUGUCACUUCUGACUCGCAGAGGAUGUUGCGACUUCUUGGAGGACUUGGAACACACGAUUUAUCGGCCAUGAGGGAGAUUAUUGGUAUGCCCAGUAGUGUCGCUGGAGCUUGCCUGACAUUCCCUGGCAUCUUCAGCGUCCUGUUUAAGUACGACGACUUUCCUGUCACGUACGAAUCUGGUUUCAGCAACGUUCCGCAGUUCGACGCUCAUAUCGAGGUUUACUCACCUAAUAAAAUUGUUCGCGUCAACUUCGACACCCCUUAUGUCAAGGGAUUGCCCGUUACGAUGACCAUCCGAGAGCUGGUGGGCAAGGACGGGUUCCAAGAGCGGACAAUAAGGAAGACGUAUCAGGACCCGUACACAAACGAGUUCCUUGAGUUCUACGAUUGUGUGGUCAACGGGAAAGCCCCAAAGACUAGCGCUUUGGACGCGAGGAAUGACAUCGAAUUGUUCAAGAUGAUCCUUCGGUCUGAUGCUGGGAGAUACCAAAGCAAAUAA